AUGUAUUGAAUAUCACAUGUUGCAUCAACACCAGGAGCAAGUUCAACAGCAUCUAAUGGAGAACAGAGACACAGCCUUGGACAACAUAUUUUUCCAAGUAAUAUUUCUGACUUUCUGGAGGCUGAUCCUGUCUGUGAGUGUUCCACAAACCCUCUGAGCAGCUCUCUCUCCACAUGUCGCCGCAGCCCUCGACUGCUUUCGAAUGGUUACUAUGUCCUGACAGAAGACAGUUUUCUGUCUGAUGAAGAAGGCAACAUAACACUGAUACCAUCCCACACCAGUGUUACCUAUAAAGAGAAUUUAGUUCAUGUGUUCAGGCGAAGGAAGAAAAUCCGUCGCUCUCUUGCCAGCUUGUUCAGUCUCAGUGCCUCCAGCUCGUGGCUCAGCUCCACCACUCCUAGCAAUACUGAGUCCUCCCAUGGAGAUGAUCUUUGGCCUGAUGGAUGUAGUAAACUAGAUGCCAGUCAGAGUGAUAUUGGUGAUUCAGACUUCUCUUCUGAAUAUAAUAACCAAAGUCCAGCAUCCAAUGGAGCAUCUCUCACCAAAGAUGAGUUUCUUCUGUGUGAGGAACCAUUUUGUGCUUCAAAAUCCUGCUCUCCAUUUAUCAUCAAUGCAAAUGAAGAGACCUUAAUCAAUGCAGAAUCCAGGGCAGUGCAAAGCGUCAUUUCUCAGAUGGUUGCACUGAUCAUGUGUUUAAUCAUUUCAAUAUGUACAAGAUAUUUCCUGGGAGGACUCUCUGCCACUUUGUUGCUGAUAAUUUUAGUCUUUCUUUUGUCCCAAGAUGGUGCUGUGUCAUCUUUCUUCAGUCUCAACACACCUUUCAAAACAACUAAGUUUUGGUAA